CUGCUGCUGCUGCUUCCUCGCAGACACCCAGGAUCUAUCCAUCUGCAUAUAUUUUUAGCCCCAACCUUUUUCUUGCUGUCGUCCCCCUGCUUUCCCGUUCUCUCCAUCGUCUCAAUCUUGGAGAAUCCUUGGGGUUUCGGGGUCUGGGAUUUUCUGAUCUUUUUUUUUUAAUCUGGGUACCUUUCCUCCCCUCUUCUUUUCCCCCAUCUCUGUCUCUCCAUCAAACCCGGGCUGAUGUGCUCCGCGAGAGGCUGGAAAUGGAAGUGGUGAUGCUCUGGCUUUUCCCCUGGAUAUUUCAGUGCGUUUCAGUGCGGGCGGACUCCAUCAUCCACAUUGGUGCCAUUUUUGAAGGAAAUGCUGCCAAGGACGACGAAGUCUUCAAGCAGGCGGUGUCCGAUCUGAACCUCAAUGACGACAUUUUACAGAGCGAGAAAAUCACGUACUCCAUCAAGCUCAUAGAAGCCAACAACCCCUUCCAUGCGGUGCAGGAAGCCUGUGACCUGAUGACCCUGGGAAUCUUAGCCUUAGUGACAUCCACUGGUUGUGCCUCAGCCAAUGCCCUGCAGUCCCUGACGGAUGCCAUGCACAUCCCACACCUCUUUGUACAGCGCAACUCAGGAGGCUCCCCGCGCACUGCUUGCCACCUAAAUCCUAGUCUUGAGGAGGAAGAAUAUACACUAGCAGCCAGACCGCCUGUCCGUCUCAAUGAUGUUAUGCUGAAACUUGUCACCGAACUUCGAUGGCAAAAAUUCAUAGUAUUUUAUGACAGUGAUUAUGAUAUUCGUGGGCUGCAGGGAUUUCUGGACCAGGCCUCUAGAUUAGGACUUGAUGUAUCUUUACAAAAGGUGGACAGAAACAUCAGCAGAGUUUUUGCCAGCCUUUUUACUACCAUGAAAACUGAAGAGUUGAAUCGCUACCGUGACACAUUACGAAGAGCAAUCUUACUUCUAAGCCCCAGGGGAGCCCAAACUUUCAUCAAUGAGGCUGUGGAAACCAACCUUGCUUCCAAGGAUAGUCACUGGGUCUUUGUAAAUGAGGAAAUCAGUGAUAAUGAAAUAUUAGAACUGGUACACAGUGCUCUCGGGAGAAUGACAGUUAUCCGGCAAAUCUUCCCUCUGUCAAGAGACAACAAUCAGAGAUGCAUGAGAAAUAAUCAUAGAAUAUCUUCAUUGCUCUGUGAUCCACAAGAAGGCUAUCUGCAGAUGCUGCAGGUUUCUAACCUCUAUCUAUAUGACAGCGUGCUCAUGUUGGCCAAUGCCUUCCAUAGAAAGCUGGAGGACAGGAAAUGGCACAGCAUGGCAAGCUUGAACUGCAUGAGGAAAUCCACCAAACCUUGGAAUGGAGGUCGAUCCAUGUUGGAGACUAUUAAGAAGGGCCAUAUAACUGGGCUCACUGGCGUUAUGGAAUUUAGAGAAGACGGCUCCAAUCCCUAUGUCCAAUUUGAAAUACUGGGCACCAGCUAUAGUGAAACAUUUGGCAAAGAUGUGCGGAGGUUGGCAACAUGGGACUCUGAAAAGGGACUGAAUGGGAGCCUACAAGAACGCCGUCUGGGCAGUGACUUACAAGGACUGACACUGAAAGUGGUGACUGUCUUGGAAGAGCCUUUUGUGAUGGUGGCAGAGAACAUACUUGGGCAACCGAAGCGCUAUAAAGGAUUUUCCAUUGAUGUCUUGGAUGCACUUGCCAAGAAUCUGGGCUUCAAGUAUGAGAUUUAUCAAUCUCCUGAUGGCAAGUAUGGACACCAGCUCCAUAACAGCUCUUGGAAUGGCAUGAUUGGAGAACUUAUUAACAAGAGAGCAGAUUUGGCAAUCUCGGCUAUCACUAUAACACCAGAACGGGAAAGUGUUGUGGACUUCAGCAAGCGGUACAUGGAUUAUUCAGUGGGAAUUCUAAUCAAGAAGCCUGAAGAGAAAAUCAACAUCUUCUCUCUCUUUGCUCCCUUUGAUUUUGCGGUGUGGGCCUGCAUUGCAGCUGCCAUCCCUGUAGUUGGUGUCUUGAUAUUUGUUUUAAACCGUAUCCAGGCAGUCAGAGCACAGAAUUCUUCACAUCCCAGUCCCUCUGCUUCCUCCACGCUUCACAGUGCCAUUUGGAUUGUGUACGGGGCCUUUGUUCAGCAAGGUGGUGAAUCUGCUAUCAAUUCUGUGGCUAUGCGCAUUGUUAUGGGAAGUUGGUGGCUCUUUACCCUUAUUGUGUGUUCAUCCUAUACAGCUAAUUUAGCAGCAUUUCUCACAGUAUCAAGGAUGGAUAAUCCUAUAAGAACAUUUCAAGAUCUGUCCAAACAAAUGGAUAUGUCUUAUGGUACUGUCAGGGAUUCAGCAGUGUAUGAAUACUUCAAAGCAAAAGGGACAAACCCUUUGGAGCAGGAUAACACAUUUGCUGAACUGUGGAGGACAAUCAGUAAAAAUAAUGGGGCAGAUAACUGUGUAUCAAACCCUUCUGAAGGCAUCAGGAAGGCAAAGAGAGGCAACUAUGCUUUUUUGUGGGAUGUAACAGUGGUGGAAUAUGCAGCCCUGACAGAUGAUGAGUGUUCUGUGACGGUCAUUGGAAACAGCAUCAGUAGUAAAGGAUAUGGGAUAGCACUCCAGCAUGGCAGCCCCUACAGGGAUCUCUUCUCCCAAAGGAUCUUAGAAUUACAAGACACUGGGGACCUGGAUGUACUCAAACAGAAAUGGUGGCCACGGAUGGGACGUUGUGACCUGAACAGCCACACCAAUGCACAAACAGAUGGCAAGGCACUGAAGCUUCACAGUUUUGCAGGCGUCUUCUGCAUUUUAGCAGUAGGCCUUCUUCUUGCGUGUUUGGUGGCAGCGCUGGAGUUGUGGUGGAACAGCAACCGUUGUCAUCAAGAAACUCCAAAAGAGUUACAGCAUGGGCAGCAGCAGUGCAAACUUCCCUACGUUGUCCCACCAAUGUGCCUCAACCCUGACUUGGAGAGACCAGCUUUAGGGAUGGCCAAUGAGGUGAGGCUGGGCCUCAGAACUAUGGAUAAAGAAGUAAAUCUGGAGCAGGUCCACAGACGUAUGAACAGUUUAAUUGAUGAAGACAUAGCCCACAAGCAAAUCUCUCCAGCGUCCAUUGAAAUCUCAGCCUUGGAGAUUGGUGGCAUGCAGCCAAGUCAGACCCUGGAGCCAGUACGCGAAUACCAGAACACACAACUUUCUGUCACCACCUUUUUACCAGAACAGACAAGUCAUGGUGCCAGCAGGACACUCACAACUGCCUCUGGUAGUAACCUGCCAUUGCCCCUUAGCAGCUCAGCCACCAUGCCCUCUAUACAGUGUAAACACAGAUCACCAAAUGGAGGACUGUUUCGUCAAAGCCCCGUGAAAACACCUAUCCCGAUGUCAUUUCAGUCUGUGCCAGGGGGAGUCAUUCCAGAAGCCAUGGAGCCUUCCCAUGGAACAUCCAUAUAAUGAAAAUAAA